AUGAAAAUUCUUGUUACUUUUGUUACAGAAAAAGCAACAGAUCAUUGCGACAAUGUGUCGAUUGACAGUGAUCAACAGUAUGAGAUUGAGUAUCUUGAGCAAGACGAUCAAACAUAUUAUGAGGAUAUUGAGUACAUAAAUAUAGAGGAGAAAGGUAAAGAAAUUGAACACAAGAUAAAAAGCAUUUGCAAGCAACCUGUCUUAGGAAAAGUUAAAGGAAAAACUUGCAUUUGGAAUUUCUUCGACUUGGCUAAAGCGGCACUUACGUCCGAUGAAGGAGAAUCAGAUGAAUCAAAUUUCCCAAAAGAGGAGUCUGUAUUGGUUUCUUUGUCAGCUGAAGAUGAAACUCAAAACGAAGCAGAAUUAGACCUUCAAUUUGUAGAAGAGAUUCAAAAUAUUUGCAAGAAGACCAUCAUUGGUAGAUCGAAAUCCAAAACCUGCAUAUGGAACUUCUUCAAACGCGGAAAGGACAAUGAUUAUGUAUGCAUGUUUUGUUCGGCAUCUAUAAAGGUGUACGCGAACUUCGUGAGUAACUUGAAAAGACAUCUUCAGUCGCGGCACAAGAAAGAGUACUUGGUGAUAUUAUCAAGCGCGCCUAUUACUGAUUCCAUUCACCAAAGGCGAAAUAGAAAUAACAGCGACAGUUGUGCAGAUAUUUCCGAGUCAUUUGUCAAAGAUAACUUUGACCGGCUCUACAACGGGUCGUAUUUGUGUAAGCACUGUCAAAGUGUCUUUGAAUGUUCUGGAAACCUGAAUAUUCUGCACUAUCACGUCCAAGAUAACCAUCUGGAAAUGAAUCAAGAUCUCAAUGAACAUGGCGAAAUCCAAAUGGUCAUAGUACAAACAUCUGAAGAAUAAAUAAUAAUUAUGCUGGGUCGCACAAACUUUCAUUAACUAUAACAAACGUUAAAUCAGUCAAAAUCCGUAUAAACAUACACGGUUAUGGUUAUACUUACGGUUAACUAAGGGUGGUGAAAC